AUGCCGGGCAAGAGAGUCGCGGCCCUGCUCGAGGACCUUCCCGAGGAGAUCGUCGACCUGAUACUCGUCCGGUUGCCGCCCAGGGACGUCGGCCGCUGCCGUGCCGUCUGCAGGUCGUGGAACGGUGCCACGUCCACGCCUGAAUUCAUGCUCGAACACCAUCGCCGCCAGCCGUCGCUCCCCAUCAUCGACGGGUGCGGGCGGCCUGCCAGUCUCGUUGUCGUCCGUGAUGCUGGCGCUAGAACCACUAAUCAGCAGCUCUGGCCUUUCGUCCCAGGUCUCGAACACCGCAACGAGAUUUGUCUCCAAGGCAUCUGUGACGGUUUCAUCAUCGUCUCGUGGAGAGAUAAAUUCUACAUGUGCAAUCCAGUCAUCCGCAAGCAUGCUCUCCUACCGCGGCCUCGAUUUGGGAAAGACAUCCACAAUGCCGUAGUUGGUUUCUACCGGCAUCAUCCAACCGGAGAAUAUAGGGUGCUGUGGGUCUCAGAAUCAGAACAUUCGCCUGAAUUCAGCUUAUACGUCCUCACAGUUGGAUCCGACAAGCCGAGGCACGUCGGAGUUAGAAUGACAACGGGCUCGUGGGCUUCCAACGAACAGUUACUGAUGGCGCUGAAAUGUGCGAAGCCAAUCCAGCAUCGGGGCUGUUUGCACUGGCGUCAAUUUGGUGCUAGAGCGAGUAUAGAAGAUGGUGAAGAUAUUAUUGUGUUCGAUACAGAAGCUGAAUCAUUCCGGUGGAUGCGUAGUCCGGCCCAACUGUACGGUAAGGAGCAGUUGUUCGACAUGAAGGGAGCGCUUGCUUUCUCGGGCUUCUCAGGCGGCCUCUUACCCCAGCACCCCACUCUGGAUGUGUGGAUGAUGCAGGAUUACAAGGCCGAAAAUUGGUCCUUUAAAUACCGUAUUGACCUACCGAGGCUGGAGGCAUCACGACAACUUGAUUUAAUUUCUCUCAAAAGGAAAAGGAGUACACCACUUGAUACAAUGGUGAGGUGGUUCAGUGGAAUGGUUGUGCUCAACGAGCGUGAGCUUUUGGUCCACUUUAAUAGUAAAUAUGUGUUACGUUGCGAUAUCAAUGGCAAGUUCUUAGGAAUGGUGAACAUUGCAAAGAAAUAA